GUUUCUGCUUUAUAUCCAACCUGCACCAUCUCUCUCGCUGCACCGACUAAGGACACCACAGUCACCUUUCAUUCUGGCCUCCGCCCUAAAACUCUGUUGCUGUUUUGCACAGGAAGUUGCUCUUCUGCUUUUGUGCUUCUGCGGUUUCUGCCUCUCACAGACAAACUCCCAUCUCCUUCCUCUCACGCAGCACUGAUGUCACCAGCAGAGACCACAAUCAACUAAAAUAAAGAAGCAGAACGGUGGGUUAUUUCAAACUGUCUCAGGCACCAUCAAGGAGCAUUUCUCAAAUGUGCUUGUCGAGGCGGAGGAGGAAGAGGUUGAUGAGAGGCCAUGAAGACCAGUCAUGUCAGUAGUCCUCUGGACUAAGGCAGAUCCAGUUAGCCUGGGUUUGGCCUUCCUGCUACUAGAAAGGUGGCUUGAUUGAGAUGCGCUUGCUGUCGUCUUUCAGACCGAACCACAUUUGUCAAGCCAUUUUUUUUGUGGAACACACCAAAUUCUCAGGAGAAGGAUUUUGUUAAAGCUUUCCACCUGGAUUACUUGUGGAGAUUAGUGAUGGGGAAUGCGGCUGCAGGGGGGUCGCAGCAGGAAGUGGCCGAGGGCCACGAGGCCAAGAACUCAGCCGGGACAGUUUCAGGAAUGAGCGAUUCCGCUUCAACAUUGCAGAAGAAGCAGCCGGCUCCCCCAAAAUUGCCAAUGCCCCCGGAGGAGGAGCUGAAGGAACGCUUCAACGUGGUGCUGAGCUACAUGAACUUGCCCCCUGAUAAACUGAAGAUACUAAGCCAAUAUGACAAUGAUAAGAAGUGGGAACUCGUGUGUGAUCAGGAGCGCUUCCAGGUAAAGAGCCCCCCUUCUGCUUAUCUGACCAAAAUCAAAAGCUUCUACCAAGAUCAAGGAGGGGUGUCCCGCAGGGUCAAAAAGCGGAUCCAAGAGGCCACCAAAGUUCUUAAAGAUUUGGAGAUAUCCCUUCGCACCAACCACAUUGGAUGGGCUCAAGAGUUCCUCAAUGAGCAGAACAAUGGUCUGGAUGUUUUGGUGGAAUACCUCUCACAUGCACAAAGUGAUGCCUCGUUUGACACGGAAGGACUUGAAAAUGGGGGCACCCUAUCAGAGAAAGAAAAGCUGGCAGAGAGCUCAAUGGAAGAUCUGACUAAGAGUCACAGCAGCUCACAGUUACAUAGUGUCGGCCGAACCGCCCGUGCACUGACCGUAAGAAUCAGCUCCACACUGGGAAGCAGAAUUCAUAAAAAGUCCCAGUCACCAAACCAGAGAGAUGAUGUGCACGUGUGCAUAAUGUGUCUGCGAGCCAUCAUGAACUACCAGUCUGGUUUCAACCAGGUGAUGAGUCAUCCGCGCUGCGUCAAUGAGAUCACCCUCGGCCUCAACAGCAGGAAUCCCAGGACCAAAGCCCUCGUACUGGAGCUGCUGGCCGCCGUGUGCCUCGUCAGGGGAGGACAUGACAUCAUUCUCGCUGCCUUUGACAACUUCAAGGAGGUCAGCAGAGAAAGGAACCGCUUUGAGAAGUUAAUGGAGUACUUCAUCAAUGAAGACAACAACAUUGACUUCAUGGUGGCGUGCAUGCAGUUUAUAAACAUUGUUGUUCACUCGGUGGAGAACAUGAACUUCCGGGUCCAUCUGCAGUACGAGUUCACCCACCUUCGGUUGGAUCAUUACCUGGAGACCCUCAAGAAUACAGAGAGUGAGAAGCUCCAGGUCCAGAUCCAGGCCUAUCUGGACAACGUGUUGGAUGUAGGAGCUCUGCUGGAGGAUGCUGAAAACAGAGGAGGCGUGUUGGACCAUGUAGACGAGCUGCAAGAUCACAAUUCACAGCUGAGCUCCAGACUUCAGGAGAUUGAGAAUCAGACUUCAGAGAGAAUAGCUGAUCUGGAGACUCAGCUCAUGCAUGCGAUGAAGGAGGCGGAGCUUCUCAAAGAGAGCUUGAGAGAUUCCUGUUCUCAGUUCAGUGCUUUACAGCAGAGAGAACGGGAGAGGGAGCUGGAUCGAGAACGGGAGAAGGACAGAGAGCGUCUGAGCACCUCUGCCCCUCACACACCGUCCGUGCUGGAGCAGAAGCUCCACAAGCUCCAGGAAAAGGGAUUAAUCCGUCUGGAGCGCAGAGCCUCAGGGGACUUGGACAUCCAGGUUGUACCCGUCACAGUGGUCGAGUACGUCGCGGCUCCAGCCUCAGUCACCCCAUCUGACAGUCAAGUCUCCGUUGUUCCUGAAUCGACCUCCCAGUUGUCUCAACUCCCUGCAUCCACCACUCUGCCCCCUCCUCCACCUCCCCCUCCACCCCCUCCUGGCAGUAGCUCUUCUCCAUCUCCCCCUCCUCCACCUGGUUCGGGACCCCCACCUCCACCACCUCCUCCACCUGGUUGGGGACUGCCACCUCCACCACCUCCUGCGCCUGGAUCCGGUCCACCACCCCCACCUCCUCCACCUGGUUCCGGUCCCCCACCCCCACCUCCUCCACCUGGUUGGGGACUGCCACCUCCACCACCUCCUGCGCCUGGAUCCGGUCCACCACCCCCACCUCCUCCACCUGGUUCCGGUCCCCCACCCCCACCUCCUCCACCUGGUUCUGGACUCCCACCUCCACCUCCUCCACCUGGUUCUGGUCCCCCACCCCCACCUCCUCCACCUGGUUCUGGACCCCCACCUCCACCUCCUCCACCUGGUUCCGGUCCCCCACCUCCACCUGGUUCUGGGCCACUCCCUCCACCUGGGGGUGGACCGCCUCCCCCUCCUGGAUCCCUCAGCAGUGGACCUGGACUUAAGAGCAAGAAGCCCAUUCAUACUAAGUUCAGGAUGCCAUUGUUUAACUGGCAGCCCUUAAAACCCAACCAGGUGACAGGCACGGUUUUCAAUGAGCUCGAUGAUGAACAGGUCUUAGGGGAGUUGAACAUGGGCUUAUUUGAGGAACAGUUUAAGACAAAGGCCCAGAGUACUUCUGCAGAUAUCUCCAAAAUCAAGACGAAGGCGAGCCAGAAGAUGCCCAGCAAAGUGUCUCUGAUUGAGUCCAACAAAGCCAAAAACCUCGCCAUCACUCUACGCAAGGGAGGAAUGAACCCACGCGAUAUAUGCACCGCCAUAGAAAUGUAUGACCAGAGUGCUUUGGCAUUAGAGUUUCUUGAAUUACUGGAGCACUUUAUACCAUCAGACUAUGAGAAGAAGUUGUUGCUUAACUACGAGAAGGAUGGUCGCCCCCUAGAGGAGCUCAGUGAUGAAGACCAGUUUAUGUUACGCUUUGGGAAGAUUCCUCGUCUGAGCCAACGGAUAAACACUCUAACCUUCCUGGGCAACUUCCCUGAGGUCAUCAAACGUCUGCAGCCGCAACUGAACUCCGUCAUUGCAGCAUCCAUGUCCAUAAAGUCUUCGGAUAAGCUGAAAAAGAUCUUAGAGAUUGUUCUUGCCUUUGGUAACUAUAUGAACAGCAACAAGAGAGGCGCUGCGUACGGUUUUCGACUGCAGAGUCUGGAUCUUCUGUUGGAGACCAAAUCCACCGACCGCUCACAGACGCUGCUUCAAUUCAUCACCAACAUCAUCCAGGAAAAAUAUCCAGAUCUGGCAAACUUCCACACUGAGCUACAUUUUGUGGACAAAGCAGCUCUUGUAUCCUUGGACAGUGUUCUCCAGGACAUCCGUGCACUGGAGCGUGGAAUGGAGAUGACCAAAAAGGAAUUCCAAGUGCAGAAGGACAGCCAAGUCCUGGAGGAGUUCAUCAGCAACAACAGCAAUCAGCUGAAAUCUUUAAUCAAAGAUGGAAAGACAGCGCAGGAAGCGUAUGGCUCAGUCGUGGAGUAUUUUGGAGAGGAUCCCAAAACCACGCAGCCUUCCAUGUUUUUCCCGAUGUUUGGACGCUUCAUAAAGGCCUAUAAGACCGCCCAACAAGAAAACGAGCUUAAGAAGAAAAUGGAGAUGGAGGCCAAAGAGGAAAAAGAAGCCCCAUCUCCCAAACGGGCGGGAACGCAAAAGUCGCCAGUGGCGCCUAAGAUGCCCCAGAUGGACCUGAUAGCAGAGCUGAAGAAGCGACAGGUGAAGCCUCAAGUGCGGGAAGGGAAGGACGGCGCCUUGGAGGACAUCAUCACAGAUCUGAGGAACACACCAUACCGGAGGACAGAUGGUCGACGGCCAGCGCAGCACCAGGACACUUAAGCCACAUCUGGUCCGGGAUUUGCAACGUAAAACAACAACAAACACAUCCAAGCAAAACUGGAACACAAUCAAACACACCAA